AUGGCCGGAGCAAUGUUAUUCGAGAGGUCACGCUUGUCCUCGUCGAACAGAGACGAGAAAGUCCGCAUGACCGACAAAAUGGUUAGCACAGGUGAGCUACCUGAAGAUGACGAAGAAAACAUAAGAGCCAAGGAGCAGGGAAUUUUAAAUUUGGGCGAGAAAUACAAGAAAGAAGGAAAGGCUAAAGAGUUGGCAGAACUUAUCAAAGCGACCAGACCGUUCCUAAGCCUGAUAAGUAAAGCAAAAGCUGCGAAACUGGUACGUUCAUUGGUCGACUUCUUCUUGGAUCUGGAAGCGGGCAUCGGAAUAGAGGUCCAGCUGUGCAAAGAGUGUAUAGAAUGGGCGAAGGAAGAACGCCGCACCUUUUUACGACAAUCUCUAGAAGCGAGAUUGAUCGCGCUGUAUUUCGACACUGGUAUGUACACUGAUGCCUUAGACCUAGCCACUGCACUGUUAAAAGAGCUCAAGAAGUUAGACGAUAAGAAUUUGCUGGUGGAAGUUCUACUGUUGGAGAGUAAAACUUACCAUGCACUCAGUAAUUUGCCUAAAGCCCGGGCCUCGCUGACGUCAGCACGAACGACCGCAAAUGCCAUCUACUGCCCUCCAAAAAUGCAGGCGGCCCUAGAUUUGCAGUCAGGUAUCCUACAUGCUGCUGACGAGCGUGAUUUCAAAACUGCAUACUCAUACUUCUAUGAAGCUUUUGAAGGUUAUGACGGAGCAGACAGUCCAAAGGCCCUAACGGCUCUCAAGUACAUGUUGUUGUCAAAAAUUAUGUUAAAUCAAGCAGACGAGGUUGGUACUGUAAGCAGUAGCAAAGCUGCCCUAAAGUAUGCUGGUAAAGAAAUAGAAGCAAUGAGAGCUGUCGCUACAGCUUCUUACAAAAGAUCACUUGCUGACUUCCAGGCGGCCUUAAAGACUUACAAACCAGAACUAGAGGAGGAUGCAGUCGUUCGUGCACAUCUGGGAGCACUAUAUGACACUAUGCUGGAACAAAAUCUGUGUCGUAUCGUAGAACCGUACAUGCGUGUUCAAGUCGAUCAUGUAGCACGCUGCAUCCGUUUGCCCAUAGUACAAGUAGAGAAAAAAUUGUCCCAAAUGAUACUUGAUAAAAAACUGAAUGGCAUUCUAGACCAAGGUGAGGGAGUCCUUAUUGUUUUUGAUGAAUUCCCCCUGGAGAAAACAUAUGAAACCGUUCUGGAGACCAUCCACCAUAUGAGUAAAGUCGUGGACACCUUGUAUCAAAAAGCUAAAAAAUUAUCAUAG